UCAAGCAAAAAUAUGGAGCCUCAAAGUUGGAGUGUGAAGCUGGCAGAGCCGUUGUCCUUGGGAAGAUACCACAUUUCUGAGGAGUAUGGCUUUCUCCUUCCAAAUCCUCUGGAAGAACUCCCCGACCAUUACAAGCCUUGGAUGGAAACUGCCAAUAGACUUCCUCACUUAAUUGAGAGCCACCAGCUCCGAGCUCAUGUGUACAAGAUGCCUCUCCUGGACUGCAGAUUCCUAAAGAGUUACCGAGAGCAGCGCCUGGCACACCUGGUGCUGGCUGCUAUCACCAUGGGAUUCGUCUGGCAGGAAGGGGAAGCCCAACCCCAAAAGGUGCUGCCAAGAACUCUUGCCAUCCCUUUUGUUGAGGUAUCCAGGACUUUGGGACUCCCACCUAUCCUGGUCCACUCUGACCUGGUGCUGACAAACUGGACCAAAAGGAACCCAGAAGGACCAUUGGAAAUAGGUAACCUAGAGACCAUCAUCUCUUUUCCGGGGGGAGAGAGCCUGCAGGGCUUCAUUCUGGUGACAGUCUUGGUGGAGAAGGCAGCAGCGCCUGGCAUUAAGGCCCUAGUUCAGGGAGUGGAGGCCAUUCGGCAACACAGCCAGGACACCUUGCUUGAUGCUCUGCAGCAGCUGAGACUCUCCAUCCAGGACAUCACCAGAGCCUUGGCCCAAAUGCAUGAUUAUGUAGACCCAGACAUAUUUUACACGGUCAUCCGGAUCUUCCUCUCUGGGUGGAAGGACAACCCAGCCAUGCCUGUGGGGCUGGUCUACGAGGGCGUUUCCACAGAGCCUCUGAAGUACUCUGGAGGAAGUGCAGCCCAGAGCUCCGUGCUUCAUGCCUUCGAUGAGUUCCUGGGCAUUCAGCACUGCAAGGAAAGUGUUGGCUUUCUACACAGAAUGAGGGACUACAUGCCGCCUUCCCAUAAGGCCUUCCUGGAGGACCUCCACUCAGCUCCUUCACUGAGAGACUACAUAAUGGACUCUGGUCCCGGGGGCUGCCGGACAGCCUAUAACCAGUGUGUGGAGGCCCUGGUGGAGCUGCGCAGUUACCACAUCAACAUGGUGGCCAGAUACAUUAUCUCCGCGGCCACCAAGGCCAGGAGCAGGAUGCUGACUCAUGUUUCACCCCAUGCCUUGGAAGACAGGGGCACUGGGGGCACUGCUGUGCUGAGCUUCUUGAAGAGUGUCAGAGAGAAGACCAUGGAGGCCAUCCUGUGUCCUGGUGAUUCGUAG